UAACUCAAGAGAGGAAAGGAAGGGAGAUAGAGACCCUGAUUGGGCUACUGUGUUUUGUUGUUUUUGUAAUGCCUCUUUUGAGUUACUCAGGCACAACAGUGAUGAGUGCUUUUAGAUGAAUCUCAGUAAAAGAGCAGCCUACAGAGGGAGUCCAACAACAGUUAGUACACAGCUCUCACCAAUGUUAAGGAAGUAGUCUUUGUACUAAGCUCAGUAGGGAGUGUAUAAAACUUUAACAGCAGUUACAUUUGCCAAUCCUGGCAAUGUUAACCUUAGAUAAGGAGGAGGAGGAAUGGCCUGAGGAAAAGCAGCAAAACUUGUCUAGCUCUGUCACAUUCUGAAAAAUGCAACCUAGUGGAUCUAUGCUGCUUAACAACUCAAGGAGUAAGAAGAAUCUCAGGGAAAGAAGUAAACUUGAGUCAAGGCUGACUACAGCAAAAUUCUGUAUCUCACAGACUGCCUCACAAGAAGCCAUGAGACACCUCAAACUGCAGUGGAGCUGGCUAGCCACUUUGCUAGUUUCAUGCCUAAAGGCAUAUACAUCAAAUGCUUCUAAACCCAAUAUUUUACUGAUGAUGGCUGAUGAUCUUGGUUUGGGGGAUGUAGGCUGCUAUGGCAAUCACACACUAAGGACCCCUAAUAUUGACCAGCUGGCAAAGGAUGGUAUGAAAUUUACUCAGCACAUUGCUGCAGCUUCACUCUGCACUCCAAGCAGAGCAGCUUUCCUGACUGGCAGAUACCCCAUCCGAUCAGGAAUGGCAUCCCCCACUUCACAGCGUGUUAUUCUAUGGAAUGGUGGCUCAGGAGGGCUCCCUCCAAAUGAAACGACUUUUGCCAGAAUACUCCAACAGCAAGGUUACACCACAGCACUUAUAGGGAAGUGGCAUCAGGGUGUGAACUGUGAAUUCCACGGUGAUCACUGCCACCAUCCUUUAAACCAUGGCUUUGACUAUUUUUAUGGUAUGCCUGCUACUCUUGUGAAUGAAUGUCAAGGAACAGAAAAUCCUCAGAUCAGCCCAUCUUUGAAAGCUAAGUAUUGGCUUUACAGUAAGACAAUUGCCCUUGCAGUGCUCACACUUGUGAUCGGAAAACUUUCCAACUUAUUAUCAGUAAAAUGGAAAGCAAUCAUCUGCUUUGCCCUGUGUGGUUUCGUGUUUUUCAUCUCCUGGUACUCCUGUUAUGGAUUUGUAAAGUAUUGGAACUGUAUCCUGAUGAGAAACUAUGACAUUACUGAACAACCAAUGAAGCUAGAGAGAACCGCUUCCAAUGUACUUAAGGAGGCUGUUUCAUUUAUCAAACGAAACAAGCAUGGGCCAUUCCUCCUCUUUGUUUCCUUUUUACAUGUGCACACUCCUCUCGUCACCACAGAGAGGUUUCUUGGGAAAAGUAGACACGGUUUAUAUGGAGAUAAUGUGGAAGAGAUGGAUUGGAUGGUGGGCAGAAUUCUGGAUGCUGUUGACAAAGAAGGUUUGACAAACAACACAUUCACUUAUUUCACAUCUGACCAUGGAGGAUCCUUGGAAGCUCAAAACCACAAUGUCCAGCUGGGUGGUUGGAAUGGAAUCUACAAAGGUGGAAAAGGCAUGGGAGGCUGGGAAGGAGGGAUCCGUGUGCCAGGGAUCAUUAGAUGGCCUGGAGUAUUGACUGCAGAUACAGUUAUUGAUGAACCUACAAGUCUCAUGGAUAUUUACCCCACAGUGGCUCACCUGGCUGGAGGAAUAAUGCCUCAGGACAGGGUGGUCGACGGCCGAAACUUGAUGCCCUUGCUGCAGGGAACAGUUCAGCACUCGGAGCAUGAAUUCAUGUUUCACUACUGUGGGGUAUAUUUACAUGCGGUACGGUGGCACCAAAAGGACAGCCAAUGCUUCUGAUGCAGGCCCAUCAGCAGAGACUGGUGGAAAUGCAGUCUCUUGCAGACCUGAGAUGACGUGCAGUGCAUCCAGAACAUCCACGGGAAGAAAGCAACACUUCUUGAGCAUUGUGAACAGCUCACCCUUCCACUCCAGCUUAAAGAGACACAACAAAUGUCAUCCUUGUCAAUCCAGAAGCAGGUCACAAUAGCCAUCUGAUAGCUGGCAACUCCAGACUGCUACAAGUCCAUUGUCAAUCAGUUUGGGAUUGGCAAGUCAACAGUUAGUAAAGUUGUGGUGGAGGAAUCUGAGGCAGACGGGAAUGUGCUUUUCCUCAAGGUAGCAGGCAUUAAAGAUAUUCCAGCAGUAAUUUCUGGUUUUGGGAGAAUGGGGUUUUCCCUCCUCAAGUUGCUUAUGAGGGCAUAAAAUGCAAAGAAUACUACUCCAAUGUUAUACAAGCACCAGUGGACCACAGAAGUAAAUUUCAGAAUGUCAGUGUGGGCUGCCCAGGAAAAAUUCACAAUGGCAGCAUUUUUUGUCAAUUGGGAAUAUAUAGUCAUGGACAGUCUCAGACACAAGUUCCACCAUACAGUAUUGAAGUAAAUGAUGUUACCUUCCUCACUUUUUUCUAGGAGAUCCAGUGUACCAUCUUCACCUCCGCUUAUCCAACGGUCUUGAAUUCAGAGAUCCUGAUGCAAGACAGUUUAAUUACAUGCUCAGCAGGUGCAGAAUGAUGGUGAAAUGUGUUUGAGGCAGAUUGAAAUCCUGUUGGAGAUGUCUGCAGACACAUUUGGAUUUCAUUGUCAUUAAUGCUGUGCACAUUACUGUGGCUCUUCUCCACCUCUGUAAAGCCAGACUUGAGCCAUUUUCCCUAACUGGACCCAUGCCAGUGAGAGGACACUGAACCAUUACUGUCGUUCAGAAAGUGCACCUACCACUGGGGGAGCUGGUUGCAUCAAGGCAGCAAAAUUCAGGAAUUCGCUGUGGUAUCACACUGUGGACUUGCACAGCCCAAUGGAAAAAGGCAGGAAUGUGCUUGAGGGCAAGAGGGGGAACUGGCUUAUUUUAGGGGCAGGAGCAAUGCUUGGGAGGGUCCUGGUCUUGAUUACCAUGCACUAUAAUGAAUGCCAUGAUGAAUAAUGAAUGUGGGUGGUGGGAGAAGGGGGAUAGUGUGGUUUUACAGAUGGAAUUUGUUGAAAUGUUGUGCCUAGCUAAAUACAAGUGUACUGUUUGCUUAUGAACACUUAAUUGCACCUGACAUUAUUAAGGACACAAGAGUAAAAUAUUGUAAUGUAUGAAAGGUAGGAAGUAUAACAAGAGACCACUCUGGCUUAGCCAGGAGAUAUCCAAUGAUCUAAAAAUUUAAAAAAAAAAAAAAAAAAAGAAA